AUGGCCUUGAAACCUGAAGACCCAAGUAGUGGUUUCUGGCAUGGUGAAGUGAUGGCUUUCAUCAAUGGGAGAAUGUCCAGGCACGCGAAGGGCCCGGAGUUCUACCGUGAGAAUCUGUCUCUGUCCUGCGAGAAUGUGGAGGACAAGUUCAGGGCCAUCCUAGAGGACCGUCAGGUGCCCAGCCAGGCCAGAGAGGCCUGUGCUUGGGGCAGCCUGGCCCUGGGUGUGCGUUUUGCCUGCAGAGAGAGCCAGUUACACGGGCACAGGGUGCAGUGGCUGCACGACUUAGCUGGGCUGCACAAGUCGGCCGCACAUGCCUUGGCCUCAGACCUGAAGUUGUUCGUGGCACAGCACGAGGUAGAAUGCAAGGAAACAGCCUUCCGGCUGCAACAAAUGCAGGCCAACCUGGAGAAGAUGCGGAAGGAAAGGGAUCAGCUGAGGUGGAAGCUCUUCCAGGCAGAACGAGCUGCCAAGGGGCCAGGUCUGGCCAUGGCCACUGCCAGUGGGGCUGAGACAGAAGGAACCAGUGAAGAGGAAGAGGAGGAGGCAGGGGCCACUGCUACUCAUGCUGCCGCUUCUGAAGCCACAGGAGGAGGAAGACAGGAGGAUGCAGAAGGGGCAGGAGCUGUGGGGGCGGAGGAAGCUGAGCAGGCAGCAGAGGAGAUGGUUGUAGACGUUAUGCAGCUUCUCGGAAUUGUAGACCAGAAAAAUCACACUUCUGGUGGGCAAAGGAAGGGAGAUCACAGGUCCGUGGAAACAGCCAGGCGUUAUCUAUUUAAAACAACCAAGUCCAUGUAUACAGCCUCACCAGGGACCCUUCCUGUCCAGCUCCCUGCCUCAUUCACAUACUCCUACUCAUGCUCCUCAUCUCCUUUUCCAGAUGCACCCACACCAUCCACACCCACACUGUCCCCAAGCACAUCAUCCUCACCAGCAGCAGUGGUCACAGCAGGAGCUCCAGCUCAAGCGUCUCCCCAUUGCAGGCCCUUUGAUUUUAGCUUGUGGUCUAAUGGAGGGGGCCUGGGGAAUAGACCCUCAAGAACCCACCAGAAAUAG